GCAGUACCUCUCAGCUCCUCGAAGCAAUUCUAAGGUCCAGUUUUCCACACCAGAUCAGUAUGCACUCGACUAUUCAUCGCGUCAUUUUAUUCUUGUGCGCCGCUUUACUUUGUACAGCAGGCCCCAUUGAAAAAGAAGACACUGCAGUCUUUCUGAGACAUCCACAAGAACAGUUUUGCUCAGCUGAUUUUGCGGUCCGAGCCGAGGUCUUGCCGAAGAACCAGUCAAGAGAAGAGAACCACAAACAAAGUAUAUUCGAACACGAUCUUAAAAUUUAUCAAAUUUACAAAGGACAGGAGAAAUUCCCGGACAUCACCAUCAACAUCACUGCAGAUAAUGGUUCUUUCGUAAAAGCCUACAGUGUUCACGUUGGGUUUCGAAGCAGCACUGAGUAUUUCCUCGCUGGAAGUAUCAAGAAAGGGGAAAUUCUGCUGAAUCAGCGUAGCUGGAUUCAACCGUGGAAAGAAGUUACUAGCGAACAGCGUGAGGGAAUUGAGAGAUUUUACGGUCGAAACUGCGAAUGCCAUAUUACACCGGCUUGCUUUGGAGCAAUUGACUGCGUUCAGCCCUUGAAAGGAUGCCAGGUCUCCCACGAUUAUCACACAAUGCAACAAUUCUACCAGGGCUGCGAAUGGCGUUACUCUUACUGUAUGAAAAACAGGGAGGCAACCGCAUGCUCAUGGCAAGAAACCGCUGAGUAUAGAAACUGCAGAGACAAAGUUUUACCUUGAAACUGACAGCAAA